CCAUUUCAGAGCUCGGGACUCACAAAUGGCAGAGCAACUUUCUCCAGGAAAGGUGACAGACCAGAUGUGCACCUUCCUGUUCAAAAAGCCUGGGCAAAGGGGGGCUGCAGGCCGCAGGAAGCGCCCCGUCUGCAGUCAAGAGCCCGGAGACAGCAGCAGCAACAGUGCCGAAAGCAGCACUGUAGUUCGCCCUGAAAAGAAGCGAGUGACCCCCAAUCUGAUGAUACAGAAGACCAGCAGCGGUGGUAAACAGAAGGUGGCUGACGGUGACUUAAGUAGGGAGGAGGAGAACGAGCCCGUGAGUCUCAGUGUGGUCUACAAGUCCACCCACUUGGUGAAACCCGUGGGGCCAGAGGAUAUGGGAGCGACUGCUGUCUACGAGAUGGACACAGAGAAGGAACGUGACUUACAAGCCAUCUUUGAGCGCAGCCAGAAGAUCCAGGAGGAGCUGAGGGUCAAGGAUGAUGACAAGAUCUAUCGAGGAAUCAGUAACUGCCAGAAAUACAUGAAGCCCAAGGAUACAUCUGUGGGCAGUGCCUACUCCGGAAUGGUGCGGAAGGGCCCCAUCCGAGCUCCCAAGCAUCUGCGUGCCACCGUGUGCUGGGAUUACCAGCCUGACAUUUGUAAAGACUACAAGGAGACUGGUUUUUGCGGCUUCGGAGACAGCUGCAAAUUCCUCCACGAUCGUUCAGAUUACAAG